CCAUCACUGAAAGUGACUUCCAUUUUUCCCUCCAUGCAAAGCAAAGCACAUUAGCAUAUUUAUCAGAUACAGAAUCAUCCCAUCAUGGGAAAAUGUGUGGCCCAGGCCCUGUGCUCGACCAACACGGCCCGGAGCAAAUAGCUCCUGACAUGUGAAGAGAGCGAAACCCGCAAGAGCUGGAAGAGCUUAAAAACACGACGGAAACAGCCGCUCUCCUGACGCAACCUUGGUGGGCCGGAGGAGAAGCGAGGGAGGGAGGGAAGGGGGGUCAGGGCUUUCGUAGGCCUCCGCUCCCCCGCCCUUGUCAUGAUUCAUGCUUGUAUCUGUGGUCUAAGAACAAGCGAUGGAAUAAAGCAAAAAUUAAAAAAUUGGAUUAGAGAUGGAUUAUUGUUGCCACUAAGGCCAGUGCAGAAUAAAGCUGGACGCUGCACUCAAGGGAUCUUUUUUCGCUCAGCGUAAAUUGUUCGGUUAAUGCGGUUGCUUCCUCUCCAUCUGCACCCCUCAGCGCAGAAUGGAGAGUCAGGAUGAACUGGAACACCCACUCUUGGCCGUAAGCCCCAAGCACUCGACCGAAAUGGGUGGACUCUUCAAGGGCGCUUUGAUGAGACGUGAAGAGGAAAAAAGAGCGCCCCCACUGACAUGGGGAAGUUACUGCACUUCCACAGACCUCCGGCAACAGCAGCAGCAACAGCUGCUGGACCCGGGUUCCCUGCCCAGCACGCUGGAGUCCCUUUACCCUCCUGCACCUGUCUGGGGCCCUGCAGACUCCCUGGGUCUCCACACCAAGGAGUACUUGGAAACCACAUUUGUGGACAUUGGUCCUGGGUCUCCUCUGGAACGGAAGCUGCUGGCAGAAACCAGAGACAUUCACAGCGUGUCCUACAGCAUGGAGGACGAGGAUGACCUGCUGCCGGAUUUUGAGGACUCCUCCAGUGACGACUUCAGUGACACGGACAGUGAAAGCAACUUUCCACUCAUGAUCCCACAGGACUACCUGGGCCUGGCCUUCUUCUCCAUGCUCUGUUGCUUCUGGCCUCUGGGCAUCGCUGCCUUCUACUUGUCUCAGAAGACCAAUAAAGCGUCGGCGCAGGGGGACUUCCAGGGGGCCAGCACGGCGUCCCGUCAGGCUCUGUGGCUCUCCAUCCUCUCUAUCGUCUUCGGCAUCAUCACCUACAUCUGCGCCAUCGCCGCACUCAUCUCCUACCUGUCUGGGAAGCCACCUUAAGGAUCCGCCUCUUUUGCAAGCCCCACCCCUUUUACAGCGCUCAUGACGACACAGUAAUUUCGCUCAUAACAUUAACUCACAAAUAUACACCUUGUAACAACUGGCUUUUAUUCCCACCGAGCAGUGCUUGCAUCUUUUCACUAAGCUUCCUGCAGAGGUCUAAAGAGUCUUGAGGGAUGAGCACGACUGCUGGGAACAGAUCGCAGGAGAAAUAUUACAAAUUGAGAGAAAGGGUUUUAAAAAAAAAGGCAAAAAUUGGCACAGCACUACACUUGGAGAGAGACAAACAUAGCUUCAUGUUUUCACUCUCAGUUCUGGCUGAAAUCCCCUUACAUCCCCACACCAAUGACACAAUACCACUGAGCAAAACCAGCUUGCACAGGUAAGCGAGUCUGCCUCCCACGUGAUUUGGUGGGGCCUGAGGGUUUGUUUGAAGGCCUUGACAAGGACAACAAGACUUUUUUUUGCACUGCAGUGGAAACAGCAGGACCCAGACUGGAUUUAUAGAAUCUUCAUGUCCCAUAAUCCUCAUGCCCAUAGAAAAAGACAUUACAGUUAGAGCUAAAAACACAUAGAAACUACAAUUAAAACUAUGAUUUUACUGAACAUGGAAGCUACAGUUGUGGUUAUGAUUUAAUUAAAGCAGAAAUGGAAAACUACAGUACAAUUUAAUCCAUUCCUGUCCAAGAACUAAGUUUAAAAUGAGAAGCAUAAAAUGCAAAACAACUUGAUCUGAUUGGUCUAAAGUGAGGAAAAUUUGAGUUAUGCUUUGGAUGAACAUCAAACAGUGGCCAUUUGAUUUUUAUUACAUGUCAUUUUUCAUACUCUAUUUUCAAUAAACGUUGGGUAUUUUAUAAGUAGUCUCAAGUAAAAGUAGUUAAAAGUUAAAACUAGUCUUAUGUCAGCUGAAUUUAAUAUGAUAUAUUAAGUGAUAAACCUCACUUUUUAGCCCUGUUUUGAUCAAUUUAAAAAAGUCUUUAGAUUUCUCCUCAGGCAAGCUCAGAGGAUAUAUGGACCAAAGAAAGUGUAAAAUUUCAGACAUGGACAUUAAAUAGUUAAUUAAACAUGGAAGCUAUAAUUAAUCAAUUAUUUUAUAAAACACAGAAACAGAGCUGUAGUUAAAUCUAUGAUUUAAUUAAAUACAGAAACAGAAACUAUAGUCAAAUCUACAAUUUAAUUAAAUGUAGAAACUACAGUUGAAGCUAAGUUUUUGUAAACCUGGAAACUACAAUUUUA